AAACAAAAACAUUUUACCAACUAUGGGGAAAUCUAUGUAUUUAUAUUCCCUGAGUCUCUUAGUGGAGGGGAUUAAACUUAUAUAUUUCCAACUUGGGUUUUUCACAUUGCAAUGAAUCCUUUGACCCUCCUUGUUUUAGUGGGAACAGAAUUAUCAUAGUUCAUAGUGCUCAUUAUCCUCAAAACUCAACGCAGUUUCUAAGGAAUAUAAUUCCUCUGUUUUUCUUUCCAGCAGAUCCGAGUUAUUCUUACACCGGGCAGCAAUGGAGUACUGGGACUUCGAGGACAGCGACCUUGCUGCUCUGGUGGGUUCCAGUAUCUCACAACCCCAGAUGGAGAAUCGACCAGCUGAAUCACUAGGAUUGGAGGAGGACCCAAUGAAGCUCUCAUCGUCCGGAAGGCUUAGUGGUAGUAACAAUGGAGGUGAUAAACUGAAAUUUCUAUGCCUGGUCGACGGUUGCAGGGCGGACCUCAGCCGUUGUCGGGAAUAUCAUCGGCGGCACAGAGUCUGCCACCUCCACUCCAAGGCCCCUGUUGUCGUCGUCAGGGGCGAACAGAAGCGAUUCUGCCAGCAGUGCAGCAGAUUCCAUUCUCUGGUGGACUUUGAUAAGGUGAAGAGAAGCUGCAGAAAACGUCUCAGUGGACACAACCAGCGCCGGCGGAAACCUAAACCGGAAUCCUUGUACUUCAGUUCCCACUUCUUCUUCUCCACAUACAAAGGUCCCAGGAUCGUGCAAUUUGGUAAUCCACGAGUAUGUGCAACAACUAAUGUGAGAUGUAUCUGGCCUGUUAAGGACAAAAAAGGAGCAGAAUCCAUGCGUUCUAACUACCACCACCAGUGGUUGUACGCAGCUGACGAACGAAGUCCUCCCAAUUCCUUCAACGGCGGAGGAGAUAAACAAUUUCUUUUCUUGCAAGCAAAUGAUCCUAAAGCCGCUGCAGGCAACCGAGCAGCCCCUCAAGCUUUCUUGUGCCAGCAACAGAAGUUUCCAACAACCAUUGCUGCUGCCUCACCAAAAAGCACUAAGGGUUGUGCCCUCUAUCUUCUGUCAUCUCAUCCAACACAAAAUCCAGUUAGUGGGCUAAACCACUGGGCUCAACCCACUGUCACCACAACUCAUCCAUGCUCACAUAAUGUGGAGGACAGGCCUGUAAAUCCAGAAAUGAUGUUUCCAAUGUGCCCUGAUGGCUUUUGGGACAACUGAGCGCAAAUGCUUCCAAUUUUAUUGGAAUAGCUUGUGUUUUUAAUACUUUACUAGUUUCUCACAUGUUGAUUGAAUAAGUAAUCUGGGACUAGUCAACUGUAGAAAACUUCCCAACCAUUUGAAUGUUUUGAAGUAAUUGUGUUUUAUGGAAACGAACAAUAGUGUUUCUUCCAUUUGCUUUCCAAACUAGGAGAUGACAAGUUAGUUUGAUUUGUGCUUGAUUAUAUCAAUAUAUAAUCCAAUUAAAGUCUGAAGAGUGAGACUGAUGAUAUCAGGAGUUUUAA